CCGCAGGAGCAGGAUCGAUGGAGAGGGCGUCUUCCUCCUCGACCGCGGCCCCUUGGCCGAGCGAUUCGGGGUGGACGACGACGGGACGCUGCCCCCUCUGCGGCUGGGAGGAGAGCGGGGUCACCGUCGCCCUCAUCUUCGAGCACGCGUCGCGCUGCCGGGAGAGGCGAUUCGAGAUGCUGCAGCGCCAGGCGGAGGAGCGGAUUGCCGGUGAGCAAGCAAAGAAAGGUCGCGGCCAUGCGCAUAUCAAGCUUCGGAAGAACUAGUGUGCUGGCGCGUCAACGAGGAGGAUCGACCCAACACCGGAGUGGAAGAGUUCCAGAGGACCGACUGCAUGAGUAGUUUAGGUUUUAUAUUAGCCCUGUCCCGUAGGACUUUGCUGAACUCACGUAGAGUUUUAGCAAAAUUGGCUUAGGAAGCCAUAUACUAGAACAAAAAAUGCAGAUUUUACUGCACAUAUGCCACUAUACUGUAAUCAUUGAUGCCCAUAAAAGAUGGCAUUUUCUGUUAGAUGUUCCUUUAGUUUCCUUUUCUUCCAUCCGGUGCUUAUUUCUGCAAUAGGGGAACCUCUCUGCGUUCUUUUUGCGAAUGGAAUUGAGCUAGUAAAUGUUGGGUCUUUUCAGACUUCAUCUUUGUUUCUUUUUUGGAUUUAUUGUGAGUGAUUGACUCAAGGGUUUGACAGAGGUAUUUUCCGCUCUCUGAGGAUCUCUGCCACCGCAAUGGCAGCGGCUGGGAUGACAGGCAGUACAGGAGGGAGAACCUGCAGUACAGGCCUAAGAGUAAGCCAUCCUCUGUCUGCUUCUGAUGUUGAUCAGAAGUCUGAAGGGAAGGUGGAGCCUGCUGCUGAGGAAAAGCAGGUGGAAGCCCCUGCUCAGAAUGUUGUUGAAGCCGUCCCUGCCUCUGAAUCUGACAAGUCUACAGGGUUGUGCAAAAAGAUGAUUCUAAGAAGAGGGAGAGGGUGCCGAAAAGAAGCCAGAGGGAGAAGGUGCCGAUAAUGAGGGAGCCUAGAAGAAGGAUAAGACCAAUAAGACCAAGUGUCUCAGUGGCUCUGUCAAGAGGGAGCUGAAGAAGCAAAAGCCUAAGAAGGAAGACUCUGAUGGGGAUGCUCCUAAUGAGACUGCUCAGGAAGAGCAGGAGGCUCCCAUUGAACAAGAGAAAAUUGUGAUUGCCCUUGAAGAAUAUGAGAAGAUGCAAGAAAGGAAGAAGUCCCAGGAGGCCUCUAAACCUGAGGAGAGGAGGGCUGCUGCUGUAGAUUUUGAGGGUCUCCAGCUCUUAGAGAAGAAGAAGAUUGAGGAUGAUGCUAAAUUGAAGGCGGAAAAUGUUCGCAAGGCAAAGGAGGCUGCUGCAAAGGAAGCCAAGCCUCGCAAGGCUAUCAGCAUCCAGGAGUACCUGAAGCCAGAGGAUGGUUCAGAGUACGUGCCUCCUACCCCACCGAGGCGCCCUCAAAAUGGACAGGGGAGGCCGUGGCAACGUUGCUUACAAUGGCUGCAGCAGCCGUGACAGCAGCUCUGAGUGCCGGGUCUACAAAGCUGGCCGCGGCCAUCACUCCUUCAUGUUCCACAACGCCGAGGCCAAGGCCAACGCUAACGACAGUGGCGCCCCAAGGAGGGUUGAGGGUUACAAUGGCGAGCACCGGCAAGGCGGCUACCACUUACCAGCAAGGUGGGUACAAUAGCGGCAGGGGCAGCGGCAGGUACCAGGAGCGCCAGGAUGGGUACAAUGGCGAGCGCUGGGAUCAGCAGGGUGGGUACUACCAGGAGCGCAGGGAUGCCUGCAAUGGCGACCGCCGGGAGCAAGGCAGGUACAAUGGUGGUGGCCGGGGCAAUGGUGGUUACCAGGAGCGCAGGGAUGCCUACAAUGGCAACCGCCAGGAGCAAGGCCGGUACAAUGGUGGCCGGGGCAACGGUUACCAGCAGCACCAGGAUGGCUACAAUGGUUACCGGGGUGGGUACUACAACAGUGGGCGGGGCAAUGGCGGAUACCACCAGGGCGGCAACUACCGGCAGAGGCAAGCUCCCAAGCCAAAGGAGGAGGAUAAAGUGGUGAUCACAGAGGCCGACUUCCCAGCUCUAGGUGGCGCAUCUCAGGCGCAGUCCCAGGCCUAGAUAGGUCUUUUUUUCUUUCUUAUUAUUAAGAGGGAGAGGAGAGUUUAGAGGAAAGAAGAGGAGACAGUUUUGUAACAGAGCUACUACGUGGUAUCAUGUGUUGCCCUGGGUUUAUUAUAAGCUUUGGUGUUAGUUUACUUGUCAAUUGUUUUGUUUCUGAUGAAGUGUGGGCUGUGAUAUGGUUUUGUUGUCGUUGAAAUUGCAAUAGGAAGCAGAAGAUUUUUGGCAAAAUCAA